UAUCGGAAUAAUCUCUCGCCGUUCACCAGCAAUCGACGGGGUGAGCACACCCCUGAAGUUCACGACGAGCGUGCGCAAAGUGCACGCGCGCGAGCGGAACACACGACGGUGUACCGUUGCGGAGGGCCCAGAGAGCGCGUCUCCUACGGAGCACAGCUGGCGCGGGCCGUCAAGAUGUAAAACGUGCGGGGAUGUCAUGUUAGAGAGCUGGUUGGGCCCGUGAGAGAACGAGAGCGCGGGGGAGGAGAGGAGAGCAUGAUACACUGAGAAUGGAGUAGCUGGGAAUCGAUCGUCCGUACGAUAGUUGGCAAUGGAGGACACGAGACUGGGGAUGAGGAUAACCGUGAGCUCGAUAGCGCUUCUACGUGAUAAUCCGUGGUGUAUUUUCGAUUUUCACACUGGGAGAUGCAGCGAUGCAUCCAGCCGACUUCUUGCUUCUUCUUCUUCUUGCUUAAAGAUGUGCCAUAGCUCUUCUGCUCUCGGCAAAGCCAGGAGAAUCGCGAGAGCAGGCGCGUAGACUCGCAUUCGCACUACGCAGGCGAUGCGCUAUAAAUAGAAGAGCCUUAUUAACGACUGCACAACGUGCGACCAGAUGCAUCAGGGAGUAGGGGGUGCAAUUUCGCUCUGUGCAUGCAUCGACGAUCCGGCGAGACUUGCCAAUUUCUUCGACGCGACGAGGCUGUUUGUCGAGCAUUUUCGGCCGGCUGAUCAAUCGAUUCAAAAGGAUAACCUCACGGUCUGCGAAGCUUGCUCUUUUUUACUACCGACGGUUACGCAUCAUCGUGGUCUGAGCAUUCGAAAAUGGCGUCAGGAUUGCCGAGCGCUCAUCAGAGGAAGCUUGGACCAGCGCCGAUAGCAUCCUUCGAAGACCUGUCCGACGAGGUGGAAAACGGAGAAUCGGCGGCGGGGCGAAUGCCGGGCAUCGUUGAGGUCACCACACCGGCUACGCCUGGCAGUUCGCUUAAGACGCCUAGCACGCCGCGAAUUGACAUCAGCCGGGCGAGCAGUUCCUCGCACCAUGAGGAUAGUAAUUCCAGAGAUUCGUCGCCCGAGCGGGAGCUCCUCGCAGGUGCGGAUCCUCCGCCCGGCUGUAAGCUCACCCUGGGUUAUAAAGAGGACGCUCAAGAUCUCAGGUCCUCUACGGAAGAGUUGGACCUACAAGAUCCCGUCCACGAGCAGGAUCUCAGACGAGAGUCCAAGAAAUUGGCGCGCAAGCGCAAGGACGACGGGUCCCAGUCGGAUUGCAAGCAGCAGGACCGCGAGCGUAAGGAUAGCAACUGCUCGGAGAUAUGCCUGCUCAACAUCAGCGGCAGAACGUCCAGGUUGUCGUCGGUCGGCAGUCAAGGCUCCGGUGUUUCCGGAAAGCUCUCAGUCGUGUCGGCGACUUCCUCCAGAUCGCCCAGUCCGCACAAGUGUUUGUUGGAGACGUCGUUCUGCGGUAGCAAGCCGACGCUGGCCGACAACCUGAUAGAGCCGUCGAAGCCGGAGACCGAUGAUCUCGAGAAGAUACUUUUGAAGCGAGAGGCCGACACGACGAAAGCUCUGAUUCCCGAGAGCAUCAAGGUGUCGAUGGUGGGCGGCAACCUGAAGCCGGAUCCGCUUGACAAACCCAGAAGACGCGGUCGCGAGGAGAGAAAGGAGAUCUUCAAGCGAGAGGUGGAGAUUACAAAGAGAUUCCUGGAGAAGGUCAAUAUAGAGGUGCCUGUCAUCAAGAAACCUAGCGAGGGACUACCGUCGGCACUGCACUCAACGAAGGCUCAAGAAGUUCAAAAGCCCGCGACACUCGAUUUCAACGACAAGAGGAAGAAAGCUCAGAACUUUAAGGAGAUUGUACAGACGACGCCUACGACGAGCAGCGUGACUGGGAGCCCCAAGUUGCCGAGACAUCAAAAGGUACGGGACCUCGAAGGCUCGCGAACACCCAGUCCGUCGUCCGUAUCCAGAAAAAGCAGCUUCGCUUCAUUGUUCAAGGCGAGAACCGACGGCAGCGUGUUGAGCCCGGAAUCGCCAUCGCCCAGCACAAAGCCACGGCGGAGUCUGACGUCAAAGUUGAGGGAUACCACGGAAAGUCUGAGAAGUCGGUCGAAAUCGCGCGAGAGAGUGUCCGCCGACAAGAAUUCGAGUCUGAAGAAGGAUUCCAAAAACAAGGGUGUCUUCUCGUCCACUCUGAGCCUGUUUAAGAAACGCGAGAGAAAAAAGAGCUACGACGAGGCGAUCGCGGCUUCGUGCGAUCCCGACGCUCUCGGCAGCGGCGAGCAGCACCCGUCCCUGGAGAGCAUCGGCCACGUGGAGUUUACGUUCGAUACCGAAAAGGAGCGUCGGCAGGACGACUCGAUAUUUAUCAGUCUGCACGCGGACGACAGGAAUUACGAGGAAGCUUUGCCGUCGGAGAGCGUGUCGAUACCGUUGGAGACGCCGACCAAGUUGCUGGACGAGUACGAAUCCGAGCCGCGUACAGGAAACAUAAUCACGGAAGUAUCGAUUGAGCAUUACCCGACACCGAUCGCGAAAAUCAAGACGGAGGCGCAGAUCGAGAGUUCUUGCAGCCAGUUUCCGCAGAGCGCGUCUAAGGAUUCGUCGAAGAUCAGCGUUCAGGCUAACAAAGUGGUCGAGCCGGCCGCCAAGUUGUCGAUUCAGGCGAAGUCGUCGAGCCCUGCGGAGGUUAAGUCCGUGGAAUCGUCCAGCGGCAAGGAUUCCAAGAGACCGGACAUAGCGAAGCCGAAGAGAAAGAGCAGUCAGCAAGUCGAGCCGUCCGAGAAGGACGAUGCGACGCAACAGAAGAAGGCAAGCUCGAGAGAAGCAGCCAGAUUAGUCGCGGAAGGCAAGAGGCCCGAUCUGCUCGACGACAAGAUGAGCAAGCAGGACGGUCUUGUAAAGACUCCCAGCAUGAUAUCCGAUCUGGACCAUAACAGCUCGGAAUCGGAGAGAGAUUCGGAGAUUGAGUUUAUCCGAAACAAGGUUGAGAAGAUGGCGGAGGAGCUGCCGGACGAGAGGAAGGGUCUCUUCUACGAGGAGAGUUUCGAGGAGGAUCUUCCGUACGUGCCGACGACCUUACCGUUGGAGAAGAGCGUUGCCGUACCAAUCCUGCCUGUAAAACAACGACUACAGGAAGUAAGGACGAUACCGAUCGAGAGACCGCGCUCGACGACGCCGAUAAACCCUACUCUGCUGGACGAGUUCGUGAUGCAGACGUCGCUGGACGAGCGGCGAGUGGAGAGAAUGAAGAUCUCUUUACCGCGGGAGGACAGCUUCAAGCUCAAGAGCCCGCGCCGACACGCGGCGAACACGUUCACGGAGUUUGCGGGCAAGGUGCCGCCGGACGGGGGUCGCAAGGCCCUUCAACAAGGCAAAUCACCCAGUCCACCUCCACUGCCACCGAGAGCAUCCGCGGCGCGACCGAGCAAUUGGAUCAACUUCGAGGAGAUACCGGAGAAGCGAAAAGCGCCGAAGAGGAUACAGACGAUACCGCGGCCGGAGGACGAGGUCGCAAAGGGCGCCGGCAGCUACAGUUACGUGCAACCGGAGGAGUGCAAGUGCGAGUGCCACGAGGAGUCCAGGCGGGCAUCCAUGCGGGAGGCCAUCGCGGCCAGCACCAGCACUAGGACGUCCUCGUGCAGCAGCAACGGUGAGCGGCCGUGCAACGGCGAGAACUGCACGGCGCCGACCGGCAGCUCCGUCGACCGCGCCAGUAUCGUCAGUGACAGCUCGCUCGAGUGCAGCCUGAGCAUCGACGACGGUCAGAGCACGCAGGCGCUCCUCGGCAACUCGACGAAACCUUUCGCCAUGGAUCUCGACGUGCGGUCCAACAGGUCGAGCAUCGUAUCGCAGGAGGAGAACGACGAGCACCAAUAAUAGUUGCGCGCACCCAGCCGUUAGAUUUCUCUCUGUCGAGUUCCUCCCUCUGCGCGAAUGUGCCGACGGACGCGCGUUAUAGAAUCGGUUUUACGCUUGUCGCACACGUCGAUCAAACUUUUAGCUGUCGAAGAGACUCUCACCUUCCAGAUUUCUCUCUCUCUCUCUCUCUUUUUCACUUCGAAAUGUCUCGCGAUCAUUUACUCACCGUCAUCAUCGGAGAAUAAUCCGUUUUUUUUUGUUGUUUUAUCAGCCAUCUCGACAUAUGCUUCCUCAUGACCAAAAAAGAUCCGGAUAUGAUGGCUCGCUGAUGUCUUCGUCACUCUCCCUCAAACUAGCUUUCUCCGUCGACAAAAAGUGAGCAAGUGAAUGUAUGUGCGUGGGUGAGUGUGCGCGCGUGCGUACGUGUCGACGAGAUACUUCAAACCACUGAUCUCUGUCGUUUUGAACGAAAUACAAAGAAACGGAAAAGUAGAGCAAAUUAUUUUGUCAAAUGUUGUAUGCCUCGUGACGUUCGACGAGCGAGCUUUUUCGAAGCUUCAUAUCAUGUAGAUAAGCGUAGACUCAUAGAUAUAUAUAUAUAUAUUUCUUCGUGAGCACGUAGAUCUUGUACGCGUUAAGAAAUUUAUUCAAUGUUGAGCCGGACGAUCGGUCGUCACGAUCGGCUAGUGCGAUGAUUUAUUGAUCGAUUGUUCUUGUACGAUAUUGUAUUAAUAUAAACGCGCGAUAAUGUACGACAAAGUAUCCGAGGGUCAACCGACUGGUCCCGCCGAUAUUGUACACAUUCCUUGGACCAGACGCAUUAGUUUGCCGGCAAACACCGCGUGUAAACUAUCCGCGCGCGCGAUAGGCUUUAAUCAGCUAGAUUCGUUAGAAUAAUAAGGAGUUAUGCGUUCGCUAUAUAAAGUUCUCUCCAAGUCAUUAUAGUCAGGAUCGGUCGGGGUAAUCGUAACAUUUGUGUACGACACACAAUGUUGUCGCACGAUAUUUUCCUAUCAUGCGACUAAUUCAUAUGAUAAUCAUAAUUACUCGACAUAAUGUAUUACGACGCAAAGAAUCCUGUGUGAGAGAGAGAGAGAGAGAGAGAGAGAAACUGAAGAUUAAACCAUCCUUGAUGCGUUUAUAUAAUUAUGAUUGCGCGAUCGAUAUUUAAAAAUAAUAUAUAUGCAUGUACAUACAUAUAAUUACGUAUUUGGUUUAUAAUAAUGUUUAUAGGUUUAAAUAGAGCCAGUUUUACUCUUGGAUUUUUUCAGCUCUGAUCACGAUAGCUCCGAUCGGAGCCCCACGUGCGAUCGGUCGAAUUGAUUUACCUUCGCGCACGAAUCUCUCCGACUGUAGAACGCCCUCUUGUCUUCACUUCUCCGGCGGGCCAUCAUUCUCGUGAAUUCACUGAUUCUUUUUCUCUCUCUCUCUCUCUCUCUCUUUUGGAAGCAAUCGAGCGAUUUUCCAUCGUUUAUUCCCGCCGUCGAAUUUCAGGGAGCCGUCAAGAUGCAAAUGAUACGGCACGCGUAGAUCGAGCUCUCGUGUGUACGAGAUUGAGAGAAUUCUAUAUUAUCUACCUCCUAAAACGUACCAAAAAUAAUCGAGUGUCUCGGAGGGGUUUCUCGCUUAGAAAAUUGCGCAAUAACGGCGGUUUGACCCAUUUCUCCUCGCGAUCGAUCAAAUAACGCCGCGAGGUUAUUCUAAAGUUUAUGCGUAUUGACGUUUAUUCAGAUCACUGAAUUCUUAUUUACGAAGGAUCAUCUCGACGAUACGGGCAAAUUUAAAGAAAAAUAUAAUUUGCUUUUUUCUGUGUGGACUCAUCGAAUGCGCACAUAUUAUCCAAUAACUGUCUAAGUCAAGUUAAUUAAUGACGAAUUAAUCGGGACUCACCGAUAGAAAUCGUUUGCACCAAUCGUCACGCUUAAUGACCGGUUGGAUCGUCUAAUUGAGAAACGCGAAUUUUACUCAGCGCUCGAAGUCUACGAACCGUGUUGAGAAUGAAUUUUGAAAAGGGUCAAGCCAUUUGUGAGUAAAAUUGCAGUUUUGUCCGCGUGAUCGGAAUGUUUCUUCUUUUUCCUAACCACCGGCUUUGUACGCGAAACAAUCGAUUAUUUUGAUACUUGGUCGUUUCUGCUCAAACAUUGCGUUCUCUUUCCCUCUCACGAUAUGACGAUUCUUCUAGCCGUGUUUUCUAUGCUGCAAUAUGAAAAAAAGAAACUGUAUUGUGUUCACAAAAUAUUAUAAGAUGAAAAUAGUGAUUUGUAGUGACACAAAGUUACUUUGUCACUUCUCCGUUGCGUUGAGCGAUCAGAGGAAACGCACAGUUGGUACGUAGUAAUUAUCAUUAAUCAACUGGAUAAUCCAUUCCUGAAGGUUACGAUCGAUUUUAUUCUACGUAUGAAAGAGGGCUCGUUUCCCUCCUAUCUUUAUUUCAGACGUAUUUCCGGCUGAUCCAACUUUGAUUGACCAAAGCAUUUUGCUUAACGUGAUCGUCAGAGAACCUCAUCAUUUUAUGAUCGAGAAGAAUUCUUGCAAAAUUUGAAAUACACAAAAUCAUUUCAUCGUCGAUCUCGCCGGUCGUGAUACCCGCUCUACGUGACAGGGAAGUCCCCUCGGUUAAUCGCGUGUUGGAAUUGAGUCUGUUGAAUGAAUUGUGCCCUUAUUCUGCUUCCACUCUUAUAUCCCGCCCGGACAUUAAGUAGUUAAGUAAUUAAUUGAUUAAUAGACCAGUAAGUGAAAUAACUAUCCGCGAAUCAAUCGAACGUGCUCAUCUCUUUUCCCUUCUUCUACUUUCGACGAGAAGAGAGACGUGCCAGUUUUUCAUAUAGUGAACGAUCUCGCGAUUUAAUACAUCAGUGCAAUUUGCCUGUAGCUAAACGUGCAAGAUAAUUUCCUUUCUUUUAGAUUUUGAUGUUUAGCUAAACGAAUUUUCCGAGUACAUUAUAUAUGUGUGUAUGUGUGUGUGUGUGCGUGCAUGUGCGUGGGUGUGUGGGUGUGUACAUAUAUAUACACACAUGAUGAAAACAUAUACCUAUACAUAUAAUUGAAACGGGGAUCGGAAUCAAUACAAUUGUCAUAAAUCCAAUUUUCGGUACAGGAAAUUGUGUCAACUGGAUGAAAUCAUGUCGAUCCCUGCGGCGUCCAGCGCAGCGAUCAAUCGGCUGCGUGUAUUACAAAACGAAUAAAAUUCGCGAUCGAGAGCGAAUCACGAGAGGCCGACGUAUUUUCGCGCGUGCAAAUCGUCGCACUCUAGUGAACAAUUCGUUUAUCUUUCACAUAAUUUGCGCCAAGUGUCGACUAGGUCACAUCGCUAAAAUUUACUUUUUUACAAGAGGCGCCGACUAGCACACGCGUAGAAAUUCGCUCGACUUUCGCGCCGCUCGCCUUCGAAAGAAACUUUUUUCGCUUAGGAGACAAUUCUUGGGAGAUUCAGGGCCGUUCGUAAGACUCCCAUCAAAAUAUAAUCUUGCCGAUGACCUGUCGUGAAAAGAAACAAAAAGAGAACGAAGGAGCAAAGAAAUGGAGAAAAAGGAUCUCUCGCGAGAAUAGGACAAUUCGAUCCUUUCUUCUUAGUUUCUAACCGAAACUAAUCGAGAAGGAGAGCCGUGGCUAUCUUUGAACAAUUUCAAGACUUACAAUAUUAGACCCGUGAUACUUUUUCUAAUCUUUUCUAGGCGAGCGCGAGAGACCGGAAUAACGGCGGGUGGCCUGCUUUCUCGCCAAAUUUCCUUACGAUUCGGUCAAGUUGCGAUCGAAUCAUUCGUAACUUACGAUAUCCUAUUGUUUGGAUAUCCCUUGCGAGUUGCGAAUAGUUACGAAUGAUUCAAGUCCCAGAUCACGGUCAAAUAUUGUUUCCACUAAAUCAAAUGCUUUCACAUACUGUCGGUCGAGUCAAGCUAUAGUCGUAGGACCGCGACGAUGCUCCUGUUGUCAAAUGAGAAUAUAAAAAUGAGCAGACAGUCAAUAGAAGCUCGAAAUUCAUCUUUCUCAUCUGAGAUAGACUUAUUGAAUAUGUUUGCGCGGAUGAAGAAUUUGUACAACUUCUCUUACUGAAAAUAUUGUGAUACUUGAUACAAAUUAAAGAUAUAGCGAGUGAAAUAGCAGAGAAAAACUUCAAUAUAUAUAAAUCGUGUAUUCUUUGUAUCAUAACACAUUCCAUAAUAUUACGUAACAUAACAAAACAUUAUAUAAGAGCAUUUCAAGAUAAGGUACUGUCAUGGAUGGUACUGCAAGACUGUCAGAUCGAAAAGUGGGAUUUGAACUUGAUCUGACCGUGUUUUAACUGUAGUGAGAAUUGGCUGGAUUUAAUUUCGCGCGAGUUUAUGUUUGCACGAACAAAGUCGCAAAGUAAUCUGCAAUUUAUCGCGAGUGCUUACAUCAGAACUCGAAAGUACCGAGUUCAGCCGCGGUUAUGAUGCAGAUCAUCCGCCAUUGCUUCGGUACAUGCGUUUAAACUGCCGGAUACGUUCGGGGAAAUCUGUUUGACAAGGAAUUCCGAGCUUCCUCGGACGUGUCGGAGAGAACGCCUCAUUCCCUUAGCAAUACAUGGUCGUUCGUAAUUAUUUUUCAUGCAACAUGAGACAAUGGCAAAAUGAAGCAAAAAUUUAAAUGUUUCUAAUGUUAUGUAAAUAAGAUUAUAGAGACGGGAGUACAUUUUCGAGUGCUAAAUAAAUACCGCGUUUAAAUGACCGCGACGACGACGUUGACGAUGAAUACGUUUUAUGACCUCAUGUUCAAAGGAAGAAAGGAAAAUAAAGUAAAAUAAACUGUU